GGGGACGGGAGGCACCUCACUGCCGGGAGCCCGCAGCCCGGCCGGCCGUCGGGGCCGGCUGCGCCGCGAUGAGCUGGGGAGGCCACCGCGGAAUUGCGUCCUCGCGGCUCCGGCCCGGUGACGGAUCGAACGCUUUCUCCAAGUGUUUUCUCUGGAAACUUGUCUCAAAUGAGGGCAGCGAGCCCUAACAAAGAAGGGUGUUGUUCGGGAGCCAACAGAUCGACUGCUUGAUGAACUGCAGCUGAAACAUUGAACGGCUCACACUUAUGUCCCUGGAGAUGGAGCCCAAAGCUAACAAUCUUGUCUUUGCGUGUCAGCGAAGCUCAACAUCGGAUGACGACUCUGGCUGUGCCCUGGAAGAAUAUGCCUGGGUCCCGCCAGGCCUCAGACCAGAGCAGGUACAGCUGUAUUUUGCCUGCCUGCCAGAGGAGAAGGUCCCUUAUGUUAACAGCCCCGGAGAGAAGCACAGGAUUAAACAACUUCUCUAUCAGCUGCCACCCCACGAUAAUGAGGUGAGAUACUGCCAGUCUUUAAGUGAAGAAGAAAAGAAAGAACUGCAGAUGUUCAGUUCUCAGCGCAAAAAAGAGGCACUUGGACGAGGCACUAUUAAACUCCUCUCGAGAGCAGUGAUGCAUGCAGUCUGUGAACAGUGUGGUACAAAAAUAAAUGGCGGUGAAGUUGCAGUUUUUGCCUCGAGAGCUGGCCCUGGUGUGUGCUGGCAUCCAUCAUGCUUUGUAUGCUUCACGUGUAAUGAGCUCCUCGUUGACCUCAUCUACUUCUACCAAGAUGGAAAAAUUCACUGCGGCAGACACCAUGCUGAACUACUUAAGCCUCGAUGCUCAGCCUGUGAUGAGAUAAUUUUUGCUGAUGAGUGUACAGAAGCUGAAGGCCGCCACUGGCACAUGAAACACUUCUGUUGCCUCGAGUGUGAAACAAUCCUGGGUGGGCAGAGAUACAUCAUGAAGGAUGGGCGCCCAUUCUGCUGUAGCUGUUUUGAAUCUCUUUAUGCAGAAUACUGUGAGACCUGUGGGGAGCACAUUGGUGUUGACCAUGCUCAGAUGACCUAUGAUGGACAGCACUGGCACGCUACAGAGACUUGCUUUUCUUGUGCUCAGUGCAAGACCUCUUUGCUUGGCUGCCCUUUCCUUCCAAAGCAAGGGCAGAUCUACUGUUCAAAAACCUGCAGCUUGGGUGAAGAUGUUCAUGCCUCCGAUUCCUCUGAUUCAGCGUUCCAGUCUGCUCGAUCGAGAGAUUCCAGGAGGAGCAUUCGCAUGGGAAAAAGCAGCCGCUCGGCUGACCAGUGCCGCCAGUCUCUCCUCCUGUCCCCAGCCCUCAAUUAUAAAUUUCCUGGUCUUUCAGGCAAUGCUGACGAUACGCUUUCUCGUAAGCUGGAUGAUUUAAGCCUUUCAAGGCAAGAGGCAAGCUUUGUUAACGAAGACUUCUGGAAAGGAAGGGUAGAGCAAGAAAUGCCUGAAGACCCUGAAGAAUGGGCUGAACAUGAAGACUACAUGACUCAACUUCUUCUGAAGUUUGGUGAUAAAAGCCUUUUCCAGCAACCUGCUGAAGUAGAGAUUAGAUCAAGUGAACACUGGAUUUCUGAUAGCAUGGUCAAGAGCAAGUUGGACUUGAAAAAAAAUAACCCAAGCCUAGCAAGUAAGAAAUAUCAAUCAGACAUGUACUGGGCCCAGUCGCAAGAUGGUUUGGGUGACUCUGCGUAUGGCAGCCAUCCAGGCCCUGCCAGCAGCAGAAAAAUCCAGGAGCUGGAGUUGGAACAUGGGGCAUCAGGAUACAAACACGACCAGACACCGUGGUAUGGAGGUUCGCUUGAAUGUUUGUCUGAUCUGAAGCAGCAAGAACAAAGCGUUCGGGACUCGAUGGAUUCUUUGGCUUUGUCUAACAUAACAGGGGCGUCAAUGGAUGGAGAAGGCAAACCACGGCCAUCUCUCUAUUCUUUGCAAACUUUCCAAGAAUUGGAGGUAGAGGACUGUGAGAAGAUGAGCAACAUGGGAACUCUGAACUCUUCAAUGCUCCAUCGGAGCACAGAGUCUUUGAAGAGUCUGAGCUCAGAGCUGUGCCAGGAAAAAGCAUUACCAGAGGAAAAGCCAGCGCAUGUGCCUGUACUGAGAAGAUCUAAGUCCCAGUCUAGACCACAGCAAGUCAAGUUUUCAGAUGAUGUUAUUGAUAAUGGAAGUUACGAGAACGUUGAAAUUCGACAGCCUCCAAUGAGUGAACGGACUCGUAGGCGCGUUUAUCAUUUUGAAGAACGUGGAAAUCGACCUUCUCAUCAUCGCAGAAGAAGUAGGAAAUCUCGUUCAGACAAUGCACUUAAUUUGGCCACAGAAAGAAGAUACUCUCCAAAAGAGAGGUUUCGUUAUUACUCGCCUCAGGAUCAUGACAAAUUUAUUCAAAAUAAAAGCUCGCGUGAGUUUCGGGCCUAUAUUCAAAAUGCAGAGCUGUACGGCCAGUAUGCCCAUACCAGUUCUGAUUAUGCACUGAGGAAUCAGGCGGUUGAUAAGUUUUUUGGAUUAUAUGGUGAGGAAGAUGACUCCUGGUGCUCAACUUCAUCCUCGUCAUCAGAUUCUGAAGAGGAAGGGUAUUUCCUAGGACAGCCAAUUCCGCAGCCACGGUCACUGAGAUACCCGUACUACACAGAUGACCUUUCUGGUCCAACUAAUGCGUUAUCUGGUUCUCAGUUUGGACAAAGGACAACCAAAUCAAAGAAGAAGAGGGGACACAAAGGGAAAAAUUGCAUCAUUUCUUAACUUGUUUUAACAGUUGGGAAGACCAGUCAACUCUAGCUACAGUUUGAACCACAUCUUUUUAUAUUAAUAAUUGUACUUAGGCGAGUCGCUAAGGUUCUUAAUGCUUUGCCAGUUUAACUGAUAACCCAUUCAGUUUACGUUGUGAAAGUAAAGUAACAUUGGGAAAUGUCACUAUGCCAAACGAUGAUCUGUUCAGAUUUCGCUAGGUUUACAUACUGUGUUUCAGCUGUCAAAAUAUUGUUGCUGCGUUCUUGAUACAGACUUCUGUAGACUUUACUUUACGCUCUCUAUUCACCCACAUUCAGUUACCUGAGAGAGAGGAUUUGGUGAAGAUCAAUAAAUAAAACUGUCAGUCCUGUACUGUAGCUGUACGUACCCGUACGUGGUGAUACUCAACUUCUCUCCAUCAAACAGAGGGCUACAGACAGCGCCCUCUCCUCAUCGAUAGAACUCAUUCUUCCUCUUUGAUGUUUCCCUACAAAAACUGGAAUUAUUAUUAUUUUUUUUUUUUAACUGAUUUAGGAAGAAGCUGCUUUUCCAUAGAUUCCCCCAUUAAGGUGUGAAAAAUCAGACUGUGGGAGCUGAAAUGCUUGAGGCCUUGAUGCAUCCUAAAGCAGCAGUAAAUGGUUUACACGUUUAACUUCUAUGUUUUUCCUUCCAGUUUUUGUUGUUUUUUAAAAUAACUCCAUCCUGUGUUGGUUUGCUUUUUUUUUGUGCCUGUUGAAAGGAAGAUAUUAAUUCAGCUGUUGGAAUUGGACUUGACUGCCAGUGAGCAGUGAUGGCUUUUGUGUCAUUUCCUCUGCAACAAAGCACUGAAAGCGAAAGGUACAAAUGGUGGGAUCCUUUGCUCAGGCACAUAACCCCAUUUAAGUCAAUGAAUCUACUUACAUAACAAACAGUUUCAUAAGGGCUUAAAGGAUUAGGCUCCAAAAUUCUGUCUUUUCAAAUGUAUUAUCCAGGUUUUAAAACGUAUUAGUUGCAAUUCUAAAUCAAAAAAAUUGCUAUUUAUGACGUAGUAUUUCAUAGGCUUAAAUGUAUUCAUAAUUUAACAGUGCAAAUACGAAUGUAUAUAUUGUACAGUUAAGAUUUUUAAAAGCUGAAUAUUUUUAUAUCCCUGAAUUUGAAGAAGUUUGUUACAAUAUCGAACUAGAUUUGUUAGGGGUUUAACAGCAGCAUUAUGGAUGAAAUAGUGCUUGUAUUUUAGUCAGGGAGUUUAAAAAUAUUGAAAAAUGUUUAGUGCAAAACAGCUUAAUUUUGUCUACUAGGUAUUGAAAGCUCUGUAUGCAUGGUGGGGCUCUGUAAAUACUCUCCAAACUAUGGCCCUCUUAAUCUUGCAAGUGUUAUUUAUGGGUCAAGCAAAAUGUAAACUAUAUAAAUGUAAAAACCACACAAGCCUGGAAUAUAUCAGUACAACAAAUACCCAACUCCUGUGGAUGUGGAUUUUUUUUCUUAUUGUUUCCCUCUUUUCUCAGAAAUCAUUUCCAUGUUUGCUUACAUCAAGGGAGAGACAUGCAAGGUUGUCCUAGAAGGCAAGUUGGUAAAGUAGUUGUCUUGAAUUCACCUUCAAGGUAAAGCAUUGAGAGCAGCUUAUUUUAAGGAAAGAGCAGGACUUUGUUACUUAACACUGAAAUAGUAAAUGCUAAAACAGCAGGCUGUCUGACCACCUGAAGACAGGUAAUUAAUGAAGAGAUGGAGAAACGGGUGCUUCUUACAUACACAGAACUGGCAGAUUGAACUGAAGUCAUUUUUAAGGAUAUAAAAAGUUUUGGAAUAAGAGCAGCUAGAAAUAAGGGAUGGAAUGGACACAUGAGUAUUGCUCACACCCAACAAAUUGAAGUUACUGUUACAGCUGAGUUAAAAUAGCUGUUACUUGCUUGUCUUCUUCAGGGUAAAAUAAGCAGAAGAUCCUUUAUUCCCAGAGGUGUUAUUCACCAUACGAGUCCUUUUCUAGUACAAACAAGUCUUGUGUACAUGAAAGAUGAUCAAAGAAAUAUCAUGCUACAUCACAGGGGCCCAUGGGCAGCUUGUGGGAUGCCUCCAGCUGGCAGGCUGCCCUGGUGGCUUAGGCAGCAUUUACUUUUCUGGCAGCUAAAUGGCGGUUGUGCUUAAGGACAUUACAACAGCCAGCCUGCUAAAGACUUCCAGGACUUGAGGAGUGAUACUGACUUGUUAGCAUUUUCCCCCAGAUACUCAAACACGGAUUGGGAUUUUCCAUUCUUAACUGCAUUUGCAAUUACAGGUCACCACAAUCCUCUGGAACAACAUGCCCUGCUGCUACUGCAGUAGGGCUUCAUGCAGAUACAUCCCAGCAGCACUUGUUCUAAACUGUCUUACACCAUCUUCAGAGAUGCAGCACAUACAUACUCUCCCAAAGCACAAAGCCUUACGGAGUAUCAGAUGAUAAACGCUUUCCAAUCACUGUCUGUGAUCACUUCUUCCUUUUUCUUUCAAACAACACAACUAUUCAAUGCAGAUAUCUAGUGUCAUUUCUAAGCUGUCUUCAGAGAGUUUGCUUCCAUAGCACCUCGCUCUAAACCUCCAGAUAAAUGAGUUGAAAGAUGACUCUCUUCCCCAUACUGUUAUUAAAACAAAACAACAAGCCAAAGGAAAAAAAGCAGCCAUUCUUUCCAGCCCAAGGCAGGAGCUGUGAUCUCUCUUCCCUUGAGACAACACUCACUGAAGGUACAGCUGCACAGCACAGUGCCCAGGGAAGCAGUGCUCUGGCUGAGCAGCUUCCUCAGGGCUAGCUUAGGUACCUCAACUUUGAGACACAUCACUCUCCCUUACCUAGAAUCACAGAAUAGAAUCAUAGAAUUGCUCAGGUUGGAAAAGACCUUAAAGAUCAUUGAGUCCAACCUCAACCUAACCAUACUGCCCUAACAACCCUCUGCUCCCUCCUCCAUUUUUAAACACAUCCAGGGAUGGUGACUCAACCACUUCCCUGGGGAGCCUAUUCCAUUGCUUAACAACCCUUGCUGUAAAGAAGCGUUUCCUGAUAUCCAACCUAAACUUACCCUGGCGCAACUUGAGGCCAUUUCCCUUUGUCCUGUCACCUGUCACCUCUCACCUGUGCUAGGCUGCAGGGCCACAAACAAUUAAGACUAUUAGAAACACUUAGAAAAUUGUGUUUUCUGAGGAUCACUGAGGACAUUCCCAUCAUGCGAAGAAUAACAGGUGCCUGUAACCACACGUAACAAAACAGGCAGCUUUUUGUACUACUACCCAAUUCAGACAUUAGACACUAAGUUUAAAGAUGGCUGUAAGAUUGUUUUGUUUUUCUGCAGCUUGAUAUAAAAGAUUGCUCCUUCGUUAUUUUUGAACAGUUUCUUUUGGGAAAUGUUUCUAAUCCAUUCUUCCACCUUAAUAUGAAGGAAAUGAUAUGGACAUGAUAGGAAGUGCCCACUCCCUGCACUUGACACAGGUACAGAAUGUACAUUAUUGGAAGGCAUGCCUUCAUUGUGUGCGGAGCUUAUACAUUCAUGAUACCAAGAAACGUUUAGGCCAUACAUCUUCACCUUCCCAAAGAUGAAAUCCUGCACAGAAACAGAGUCACAAGGAAGCAGUUCCUCUGAUACGCUGUACUGGCUCCUCUUCUACCUGCAGUGGCUGUAUUGCUGACUUCCACCCUAACCGCUCCACUUGUUGCUCAAGGCUGCCACCUCACCCCCACUGAGAAGACAGAUUCAUUCAUAUUCUCUGCAGCCUUAGCAGCUAAUUCUGCCCUUGUUUCCUUCCACUUCCUUUUCCCCUUUCAUUCUAUUAAGGGCAUCUGCACAUUAAUGAGUCCUAGAAGUAUGUUGUGUUUCCAAGAGCUCCUGAAGGGACAAAGAACAAUUCCUGGUGCACAGCGUGGGUUCCUUCUGUCAGUGCUUUUCCUGCCCCUUUCUAGCAGUCCCCUCGAGGCUCUACAAGAGACCAAGGACAACUUCUUAUACUGAUACAAAAUAAAAUUCCUUGUUCCUACAGGAAGCAAGAAUAAGAAAAUGUAGUUCUUGCUCAAGCUUCAGUGGCGUAACAUUUUACUGACAUCAGCAUCAAGGAUACAUCACAAAAGGUUACUCAUGAACAUUCAGCACCAUGCCAAGUAUUAAACAGGGAAAAAACAGCCACCAAUCACUUUCAUAGAAACAGCAUUUAUUAAAAAAAUAAAAAUAAAAGUGUCUCCUUAGCUCAUCAGUAAAAAUAAAUCAAUUAAAAAAAAAAAA